UGCAGAUGAAGUCAUUACCUACGUCAUAUUAUUUUGGGUCAUCAUUGAAGAAUGUUUAUUUAUAUGGGAAGAGUGAGAUAUCUAUAGAGUGAGAUAAUAUUCCAAUUCGUCCUGACUCAUCUAAAAAUUUCAUGUAUUUUAAGUAACUGUCAGUGAACUCGAAAUCGAUAUCGAUUUUUACCGGAAAUUGAUGCUCAUUUAUCUGUGUGAAUACAUGUUUCCUUUCUGCUGGGGUUUUUACCUAUGUAUCAUUCAAUACCAAAAGAUUUGAUUUGUUAUUCCUUAUCACUAGAUAAGGAAAGGCAUGAUAUUGUGAAUGAUGAAUAUAUACAUAGGAUUUUACUGAAUCAUUGGAAGUAACAGAUACACAGAUUUCAACGGAUAAUAUUUUUUAUAUCACAGUUUAGGUGAUCAGUUUUAUCGAAGAAGUAGUGGAUCAUAGUGAAUAAAUGUCUAGUAGUUCAAGAAAAGAUUUUAAAUACAGACUUCACCAAGAGAAAGAAGAGCACCCUGUAUUAUACACUGUAAUGAAAUGGGUACUGAUAAUACUUGCUGUACUGUUAGUGAUAUUUUUGAUACUAUUCAUCCUAGUUUUUAUUGUUUUUCCAAUAACUUUUAUGAUCUCCUUGACGUUGGAACGAUUUUUCCUGUUUAUAAAUAUCAAUGUCCCCAAAAAUCCACAGUUUGAUAAGCCCCAUGAGUAUGGAUUCCACGGAGUGAAGAACUUUUAUGUAACCAGCAAAGUCGAUGUAAAUAGUAGUGAUAUUCUUUCUAUUGGAGCUUGGUGGAUACCAAAUGAAAAAUAUAUCAAUUCAACAGAAAGUAUGGAUGAUAUCUUGAAGAAAGAUGAAUUUCCUGUGUUACUAUAUAAUCAUGGUGUGAUGGCCACAAGAAUUUUGAAAUUUCAGUAUAUUUAUGACACGCUCAGGAAAUAUUUUCAUGUGGUCUCAAUUGAUUACAGAGAUUAUGGCGAUUCCACGUCACAUGAUCUUUCAGAAGAAGGUGUAGUUCUUGAUGUUAUUCACACAUAUAAUUUGAUGAAGUCAAAAACGAAAGCAGACAUGUAUGUAUGGGGUCAUUCUUUGGGAGGAGGUAUAUCUGCACAUGCAGUUAAAUGGUUGAAAGACAACCAAGGAGAAAUACCAACUGGCCUUGUCAUCGAAUCAUCAUUCAAUAAUUUGCACGACGAAGUAUAUGAAUUUUUCCUGACAAAGUAUUUCAAAUGGCUGCCUUGGUUCGAAUGGAGUAUUGUGCAUCCUAUUCAUGAUCAUGGAUUCAUCUUCAAUACUACAAAGAAUUCCGAGGAUAUUGACUGUCCAAUAAUGAUUAUGCAUGCGAAAGAUGACCCUGUUAUACCAUUUUUCCUUGGCCAAAGAAAUUUCAACGUAACUAGCAGUAAUAGAAAAUCGUACCAAGGUCCAGUAUUAUUUCAUUCUUUCGCUGCAGAAAAAAAUUAUGGCCAUGUGGGUUGUACUCAAGAUCCUGAAGUCCCAAAGUAUAUUGAAGAUUUCAUGAACGUAUGCCAGGAGUGGAAAAAGAACCAGACAGAUGUCAAUAUAAAUAAAAUACAUCGGAAAAUAUAUUGAAUCUAUUUAUUGUAUCAAUUCAUAAUGAAUAUAAUACUAUUUUUUUC